AUGUUUACGAAUUGUAUUAAAGAAUUCUUUUCAUUUCUUUUUAUUCUUAUUAUAACAUUAAUUGCUGGACCGAUUUUAAGUACAUCUUAUUAUUAUUCGAAUAAAUUCAAUUAUACUUCAUAUGGUUUUAUCAUUAUGAUUAUUAUUGGAUUAACAGAUUCUAUUCUAUAUGGAAUUGGUUUAUAUUUAUCUAUGAAAUCAGUUGAUGAGUUAUAUAAUCAACAGAUAAUUAUCGAUAGAAAACCUAUUGAUUAUCAUAUAAUUCAAGAAAAACAAUUAUUAGAACCGGUUAGUGAAACAAUUGAAUUAUUCCUUCGAACUCAAACAGAUUUAUAUGAUUUAAUAGAUGAUUUAAUUAAAACGAAUAUAACAGAUGAUAUAUUAAUACAAAAUAGUCAAAAUAAAUUACGAACAUUAAAAUUUAUUCAAAAUGAUAGUCUAAUGACAAUUAAAAAUAAUAUUAGUGAACGUCUUCGAAUACUACAAUUGAAUUCAUCAGUUAAAGUUAAGAAUGAUCUACAUUAUAUACAAUUAGAAUCUGAUACACUUUAUAAUACAAACAGGUCGGACUAA